ACAAACAUGAUAUAGCCAUUACCAAUCUAUAUAGCUAACUCGAUCUCUUACAUUUGGAAUCGUAUAACUGAUUAAGAGAGAAGAGAUCUAUAGCUAGGUACAGAAAUGGGUUCAGCAUUAGUUUUCAUGGGAGUUUUCAUAUUUUUGGCGAAUGUUUUCUUUCUUUGUCCGACGAUUGUACUUGCUCAAGAACAAGGAGGCAUAACCAGGCAUUACAAAUUCGAUAUCAAGAUGCAGAACGUAACACGUUUGUGCCACACAAAGAGCAUUGUGACGGUAAAUGGACAAUUUCCAGGGCCAAGAAUCGUAGCAAGAGAAGGCGACCGUUUGGUUAUAAAGGUUGUGAAUCAUGUUCAGAACAAUAUCACACUUCAUUGGCAUGGUAUUCGACAAUUAAGGACUGGAUGGGCAGAUGGUCCUGCUUAUGUUACCCAGUGCCCCAUUCAGACAGGCCAGACAUAUGUUUACAAUUUCACCAUUACUGGACAGAGAGGAACUUUAUGGUACCAUGCCCAUAUUUCAUGGCUGAGAUCUACCUUAUAUGGUCCUAUCAUCAUCCUCCCCAAGCGCAACGUUCCAUACCCCUUCGUCAAACCCUACAAGGAGCUUCCCCCUGUCAUUUUCGGUGAGUGGUUCAAUGCCGACACUGAAGCAAUUGUUAACCAAGCUAUCAUGACCGGAGGAGGUCCUAAUGUCUCUGAUGCCUACACCAUGAAUGGGUUUCCCGGUCCUCAUUAUAAUUGCUCGGAGAAAGAUACAUUGAGGUUGAAGGUUGAACCAGGAAAGACAUAUCUUCUACGUUUGAUCAAUGCUGCACUCAACGAUGAUCUGUUUUUCAGCAUCGCCAACCACACAUUCACUAUUGUUGAUGCCGACGCUGUGUACAUUAAACCAUUCAAAACCGAUACAAUUCUCAUCACACCAGGUCAAACAACUAAUGUUCUCCUUACCACCAAGUCUCAAUACCCCAAAGCCACCUAUCUCAUGGAGGCUAGACCAUAUGUCACUGGCCUUGGAACCUUCGACAAUACCACCACUGCUGGAUUUCUUGAAUAUCAUUCACCACUACUCUCUUCAUCAAAUUCAAUCAAGAAACUGCAACUCUUCAGGCCUAGUCUCCCUGCUCUCAAUGAUACCAUAGCUGCCACCAACUUCGCUAAGAAAUUCCGUAGCCUUGCGAAUAAGCAAUUCCCCUGUAACGUCCCGAAAACUGUACAGAAAAGAUUCUUUUUCACAGUUGGUUUAGGUACCCAACCAUGCGCCAAAAACCAAACUUGUCAAGGACCCAACGGAACGAGGUUCACAGCCGCUGUGAAUAAUAUCUCUUUCGUACUUCCAUCCACGGCUCUUCUACAAGCUCACUACUUUGGACAAUCUAAUGGCGUAUACACUACUGAUUUUCCUAUAAAACCACCAAAACAAUUCAACUACACUGGCAACCCACCUAAUAAUACCAUGGUUAGUACUGGUAGCAAAGUUGUGGUGCUCCCAUUUAACACAACUGUGGAGGUGAUAAUGCAAGAUACAAGUAUUUUGGGUGCUGAAAGCCAUCCACUGCAUCUUCAUGGAUACAAUUUCUAUGUAGUAGGCCAAGGGUUUGGAAACUACAAUGCUAAUACUGACCCUCAAAACUUUAAUCUCGUCGAUCCUGUUGAACGGAACACAGUUUCUGUUCCAUCGGGUGGUUGGGUCGCCAUACGAUUCCUUGUUGACAAUCCAGGUGUAUGGUUUAUGCAUUGCCAUUUAGAAGUCCACACAACAUGGGGUUUGAGAAUGGCUUGGGUUGUACAAGAUGGGAAACUCCCUAAUCAGAAGCUAUUACCUCCACCUUCUGAUCUUCCCAAAUGUUAAGCUUUUCAUCAUUUGACUAACAAAAUCGGCUGAAGAAAAGAAUAUACGAUUCUUUCUAACUUCAAUUUAACAAUUUUAACUUAAAUGUGCCCAUUGUCCGUUGGUGAAAGAGUGAAAGAGUGAGUUUGUGUUUUGUAAUAUUGUUGCUUUUAUGUAUUCAAUUGUGAUUGCUCUUCAAGAAAUAAAAAUGAAUCUAUUGUUUUAUCAAAAAUUCUUGUUUGUUUAUACUGUAUAACAAUUGAUUGGGGGUUCAUA